AUGUUAUAAUAAUCAGAUAAGGACUUCACUCUUGAAUAGGUGGUGGGUACAGGAACCUUUGGAAUGGUGUACUUGGUAAAUUUGUUUAGGAAUCCAACUAGGCUACUGAUAACAGGACCAAGGAGAAGGUAGCAAUAAAGAAGGUGUACCAAGAUCGUAGAUAUAAAAACAGAGAGCACCUUAUCAUUCAAGAAUUGAAUCAUCCUUGCGUGGUAAUGUUGAGACACUCCUUCUUCACGCCAGGGGAAAAUGUAUAUCAAUCACUCAAUCAUUCUUUAGCCAUAAGAUGUGUACCUAAAUCUAGUUAUGGAAUAUGUACCAGAGACACUUUCAAAAAUGAUUAGACAAAUGCGUAAGUAGAAGUAAUGCAUUCCUGCUCCAUUGAUAAAGCUCUACAGUUAUUAGAUGAUACGAGCUUUACUGUAUUUGCAAGGUAUUAGAGAAAUAUUUCAUACUAGCGAUUGGAAUCUGUCACAGAGACAUUAAACCUCAAAAUAUCUUGGUUAAUUUGGAGACCAAUGUUUUGAAAAUCUGCGAUUUCGGCUCUGCUAAACGACUUGUUGUCGGCGAACCCAAUAUUGCAUACAUAUGUUCACGUUAUUAUCGAGCUCCUGAAUUGAUUUUCGGAGCCACAGAUUACAAUACCCAAAUCGAUAUGUGGUCGAUUGGUUGUGUGAUUGCUGAAAUGGUCAUCCUUGAACCGAUAUUCCCUGGAGAGAGUGCUUAAGAUUAAUUGCUUUAAAUUAUCAAGAUACUUGGCACUCCAACUCCAGAUGACAUCAAUUAAAUGAACCCUUCCAAGGCUGAUGUCAGAUUGCCCACGAUUAGAGGGAAUCCCUGGACCAGAGUAUUUGCAAGACAAAAACCAGAACCACUCUUUCUAGAUCUUAUUACAUAAAUGCUCACGUAUUUGUUAUCAGUAUAUUUUAGGUAUUCACCUAAAACAAGAAUCCAACCAAUUGAUGCUCUUUUGCAUCCAUAUUUUGAUGACCUCAGAAAAGAAGGAUUCUCUAAUCAAAAUUUUAAGACCCCCAAUCUUUUCGACUUCAAUAAAUAAGAACUAACCAUCAAACCAGAACUCUAUUCUAAAUUAGUUCCACAAUGGUUUUAAAAGCUAAAUAAAUGAUGAAGAUUCUUCAAAACAA